CACACAGAUGCAGGAUUAAAGUGAUGGAAAAUCUCUCUCACUCCAACAGUAUUUCAAGACCACACUCAAAAUUAUUUGGACUUGCUAUCUUAGAUGUGGCCUUUAAAGUUCACUAUAUGACCUUGUCACUGGCCCCUCAUUGGUUGGUGCCAAGACGGCUCCUAGUCCGUACGAAUGAUCACGGGAGUAUAUUUUAGCGACAGACUUCUUCAACGAUGGGCUCUAUAAUGACAAGUGAAAAACGAAUUGGGACUCACAACGGUUGCUUCCACUGUGACGAAGUGCUAGCAGUUGUCCUACUCAAAUAUCUUCCUGAAUACAAAAAUGCUACCAUAGUGCGAUCUCGCGAUCCAGACAUACUGUCUACUUGCGAUGUGGUCGUUGACGUUGGUGGUGUUUAUGACCCUGAAACACUUCGUUUUGAUCACCAUCAGAAGGAUUUCUCGUUAACAUGGUCGCAAUAUUUCGGCGUGAAGAUGUGGGAUGUUAAACUAAGCAGCGCUGGACUGGUGUACGUACAUUUUGGCAAAAGAGUACUCUCUCUUCUGACUGGCCUUGAAAUUGGACACGAAGUACUAGAAAAGAUAUACAUGAAAAUAUAUGAAUCGUUCAUUUUAGAAAUUGAUGGGCAAGACAACGGUAUUCCACAGUCUAAAACUCCAUUGAAGUACAAUAUAGGCACUAGUUUAUAUUGCAGAGUUCGACGACUUAAUCCUUGGUGGAAUAACGAAUCAGAGGAAUCAGAAACUGCAUUCCAAAGAGCAAUCAACUUAGUCAGUCGUGAAUUUCUUGAUACUGUGGACUACUUUACUAAUUGCUGGUGGCCUGCGCGAAAUAUUGUAGCUAAAGCAAUGAAUGUUCGUGGAGAUGUAGAUUCAUCGAGAACUAUCAUAGUACUAGAUAGAUCCUGUCCAUGGAAGAGCCAUCUAUUUGACUUAGAGCGUGAAGAACGUAUGGAAACAGUCGUUUAUCCGGAACCACUCCGUCAAACAAGUUAUCGUCCUAUACCAAAGUUUCCCCCUCAAAUUCUCUUUGUCAUACUACCAUCAGAUGGUAAUUGGGUUGUUCAAGCCGUACCAAAAGACAAGUUUGGUAUUCGGUUACCAUUCCCUACCGACUGGCGUUCACUUCAAGAUGAUCAAUUGUGUGCGAUGACUGGAAUAUCAGGUUGCAUUUUUGUGCAUAACUGUGGUCAUUUAGGUUCCAAUAAAACACGUGACGGUGCAAUUGAAAUGGCACGUUUUGUUGUAAAUGAAUCAAAACUUCAACAGGAGAAUGUUAUUCGGACUGCCUUAACUCCACCAAAAUUCAGCCGUGGUCGUGGUCGCAAGUCUUUUGUGAAUAACCGUAAUAAAAAAUGUUAGUUUCUCUUUGUUUUUGGAGACCCUAAUUUUUUAAGAAGAACCGAAGUAAGAGUUUCGAAAUUUUUAUUUCAUUACUGAGUCAUUAUUUUUUAAACAAUCAGCUGUGUACCUGAAAUUUUUGAGCAUAUCGAUAUUUAUUUUUAUUAAUUCGUAUUGUGUAAUUCUUUUAUUCUUAUUUCCAUAACUCACUCGUAAGAUUUAUGAAUGUAAUUAUUUGCGUUCUUGCAUUUGCUGUACAAGCCAUGUAUAACGAAAUUAACCUGAUUUAAUCACUGUUUAUACAACCGCGGAAUAUUUAUAUUCCUUCUUAUUUGUUGAUAUUUUCAUAAAAUAACUUUACUUCAACCUGUUUCUCCUUAUUUUUUUUAUUGUUUCUUUCGUACUUUGUGUUACUUUUCUAAAUAAAUAAGGAACAUGUCUCCUAGAGAUUUUUUGGAUAGUUGGUGGAUUUAAGGUUGAAUGUAGUUUGUUCAAUCCGAUAAUCAUGCGCACAUUCGAAUUUGUAUUCUCUUCGUUCAUUAAAAUCAUUGUUUUGAUUCUCAUAUCAUGAAUUGUGUGGUUGUGAGUUCUUGAAUUUUUCGUUGUCAUACCAUUAAGGACACUGCUCCAACAAUUCUGGUUUCCAGGAUAGGUCAAAUUUAGUUUCUAACCUGGUUCAUUCUUAUGUAGAGGGGAAUUCUCGCCUCUCACAUUAGGCUUAUUUUAGUUGCCAAAGUUCAUAGUCCCAAUGAUUUCGGAUUUGGUAAGGUGACACGAUGACAAUGUCUUACUUGCCUAAUUGUCCAUCUUAUCCGAAUCACAACUGGAAGUUGAGCUGACACCGCGUCCAUCAAGCCGCCAGAUGCCGCAGUUACGAUUAGACAAAAUUGCUUCCGUUAGUAAAUCCACUCUAUCUUUUAUUAUUUUGAUUACUUUUUUGUAUCUAGCUUAGCUGUGUCUGGAACAUGUUUGUGUUCCGUAGGCUGUUUUGUAAUCACUCCGUAUUUCGUAUGAUAGCCCAACUUACGCUUCGCUAUACGAAAAUUCUUGUCGUUAACUAAUUUCUCUUUUAUGAAUUUGUAGACAUUAUCAGGAAGUUGGGGACGUGGUCAAUUUUCGCGUAAUCUAAAAGCACUUUAGUGAGACAUAUGAAAAUAUAAUCUGGAAUUCAGUUUACUGCUUUUAUAAAUACUUUUUUUAGUAUUUCAAAGUCUGCUCAAAUAGUUUGUUAUAAAACGGGACGGAUAACAAUUUUUUUUAAUGCAAUUAUACUUUCACUACAACUAAUUAAUCGCAAUUUAGUCUAAUAUCUUUACACUUCCCAUCACCUACAACUGUUAUCGAUACCCAGAUAAGUCAUUUCAAGAUAAACUGCUAGUUAUUGUCGAUUCUCACUUUAUUCGAUUAGUGCCUUUGUGUACACUCUUACUGGUGGUAUGCUUUUUGCAUGAUUGGUUUCGUGGCUCACAACCUGUUGGCCAAAUGAUUCUUUUUCUUUGGAAUAAAUAAUAUACUGCUUCCUAACAUUUUCAUUUGCAUCAUGGAUUCUAGUUUGUAAAUAUACUUAAGUCUUCGAAUUACCUAGUUGGGAUAUGGUGUGUGGCUGUUUAUAUUUGUGUGGUUAAACAACGAUAUAGUGCAGUGAUUUUCAAAUAUAUUGACUCGUGUUUAGAUUGUAGCCAAAGCACAUUUCAUAUUAUUUAAAUAACUUCGAAACUUACCAGAUAUCUGAACCUAUUAUCCAGUCACCGCUACUUAAUACUGUAGUUUGGACCAGUUAGUUUUAAAAGAUUUCUCGUUAGGAAGUCAUAUAGAAACGUUAUUAAAUCAAUAGAUCAGAUAGCUCUAUUAAUCUUGGAAGUGACCUGAUUGUUAUCCACUUUCAGUCAGAGAUUAUUCCCGUUUUUACACAAACUUUCUAAUAUAUAUAUAUAAUAGGUUUAGAUAAUAUAUUCUAAUGUCCUUCUUAAAACGUUAAUUACCAUGUUAUCAGAAGUGAUAUAGUCAUUAUCAAUAAUAUUAGAUAAUCAAUAUGCCUAACCAUAAAUUUAUUUAUGGCUUUUCACCAAGUGGGUUGAAGGUAUCGUACUUGCUGCGAGACGUGAAUGUCUUUCAUCUAAUUCCUUGUAAAGUAGUAGGUAAAGAAGACUACUGUAUAAUCCUAAACUAUGGAGAAAUAAUUAUUCAGUUUUUAUUGAUUUUUUUUAUAAUCCUUCAGUUUUUGUCAGUCAAUGUAGAAAAAUAUUUUCAUAUUCUACCUAAUCUCCACGAACCUUCUAACUAAAUAUUGAUCAGCCAAAUUGAAACUAACCACCAUAUUUGA